AUGGGCGGCGGCGGGUCGCUGUCAAAGGCCAGAGCUAGCCACUGCAUGCUCAGUGUGAGGCGGCGGUGGCGGCCGGAGCGAUAUCGAAGCUCUCGAGGCGGAGUCGCAUCCCUGACCGUGCCCCGGAACCUUGCAGCUGCCCCCGAGUCAGAAGGCCCAGUCCGCGUACCUAGUAGUAGAGCCCAAAGAGUGAUGACGUCUGAGGACCAAGUCCAAGAAGAGACAAAAAUUCUGAAACUGAAAACAAAAAUGGCUGAUAAAGAAAAUAUCAAAAUACUUAUAGGGAGCAAAAAUAAUACACCGGUGGGAAAAGAUUAUAUUCCUUUAAAAUCUUCUAAUGAAUUAACCAAUACAACUACAGAAAUUGAAACACAUGAUUUUCAGGAUGGCACUCAGACUCUGCAGUUGUCAAUUAAAGAUGAUCCCCCAAAUCAAAAUAUAACACUAAGCCAGGCAUUUCACCUUAAAAACAAUAAGAACAAUACUAAAAAGAAGCCAAUGCCUGCAGAAAAACCAAACCAAACUGCUAACAUGCCCAAGAAACCUGUGCUUGGAGCUUAUCGUGGCCAAAUUGUUCAGUCUAAGGUUAAUUCAUUUAGAAAGCCUCUGCAAGUCAAAAAUGAGAGUUCUGCAACAACAAAGCAACUUCCAACUACUGUCUCCAAAGCCACAAAGCCUGAACCUAUAAACACCACCAAUGUAACAGUGAGAAGUAAUACAGCUUCAAAUACAACUGCUACUACUAAAUUUGAAAGUACUAAAUUUGUGAACACUAAAUCUCGGAACACACAACUUGUGCGACCUCCUAUUAGAAAUCACUACAACAAUACUUGGGACACCAUGAAACAAGGCAUCAGCCAAACCCCUGUCAGUGUUAAAAUCCGAAAAGGGCCUCAAGAAAAAGAAUUUUUGCAACCCAAAAUGGUCAAAACCAGUUCUCAGCCCGUAAAAAGAAACGGGGUGCUAUCAAGAAGCAUAGCACCUGAAAUUGUAGCCAGGCCUGCUUCAUCUUCUAAUACCAAAUUGAUACAAAAGUCAAAAACCAUUGACCAACGAAGAUAUACUAUAGCAAAAUCAACUAUUGAUAGAUCAGCUCAGCCCAAAGAAACUGCAGAAGAGAGAAAAGCUCGUCUGAGUGAGUGGAAAACUAGCAAAGGAAAAGUACUGAAAAGACCCUCUAACUCAGUAGUUACCCAGCCCAUGUCUGAAGGACAAAAUGAAAAACCUAUUGGAUCUUUUUGGACUACCAUGGCAGAAGAAGAUGAACAAAGAUUAUUUACUGAAAAAGUAAACAAGACAAUUUCUGAAUGCCUGAACCUGAUUAAUAAGGGAUGUCCAAAAGAAGAAAUAUUGGUUACACUGAAUGACCUAAUUAAAAAUAUUCCAGAUGCCAAAAAACUUGUAAAAUAUUGGAUAUGUCUUGUACGUAUUGAACCAAUCACAAGUCCUAUUGAAAAUAUUAUCUCAAUCUAUGAGAAGGCCAUUCUGGCAGGGGCUCAGCCUAUUGAAGAGAUGCGACAUGUCAUUGUGGAUAUUCUAACAAUGAAGAGUCAAGAAAAAGUUAAUUUGGGAGAAAAUAUUGAGACUUAUGCAUCCAAAGAACAAGUUCAAGAAGUCAACACUAAAGACAUAGGUGUUAAUCUAGAGCCAGAAAAACCAGAAAUUGAGAAUAAACAUCAUAGGAAUGUGGUAUUUAAAGAUUAUGAAGAAGAGCAAGAUGACAAAAUGGAAGAUCCAACCAAUGAUGUUAAAACUCCUGAUACAGAAACUAGAGCAAGUUGCUUAAUUAAAUAUAAUGUAUCUACUACACCAUACUUGCAAAGUAUAAAAAAGAAGAUGCAACUUGAUGAAUCAAAUUCUGCAUUUAAGGAGCUGAAGUUUCUAACACCAGUGAGACGUUCUCGACGUCUUCAAGACAAGACUUCUAAAUUACCAGAUAUGUUAAAAGACCAUUAUCCUUGUGUGUCUUCACUGGAACAGUUAUCAGAGCUGGGAGGUAAAACCGAUGCUUUCGUAUGCCGCCCUAAUGCAGCACUGUGCCCUAUGUACUCCGAGACUGAUACACAAAAGAAUUAAAGUUCCAAUAAGGAAUGAGGGUUUUUAUUAUCAUUGGUUUCCUUUGUUUUGUGUGACUUUCUAUUCCCUUAGAAGUCUGUAGUUGGAUAGAUAAGUAUUCAUGGCAGUGAGCUUUACUAACAUUCAUUUUAUAGGAGUUGUCCUUCUGUGCAUUAGGAAACUAAUCCUGCCUUGUCAAUCUCAACAGACUGAGUUUUUCUUUGACAUAGGUAAAAUUUUGUUAGUUUGCUUAUUGUGUUCCUUAAGUAUAAAUACGUUUUGUCAUAAUGGUAACUUGUUCACUUUACUAAGUAUAAGUACAUUAAUGAUGCAUCAUCAGGAAAUGGGGUAUUCUGCAUAAAAGUAUAUUUUUAAUGUUGACAUGUUUUAAAACUUUAUGAUGUAUCUCCCUGUCUUUAAACAGAAUACUGCCAAUUUUUUUGCCUUUAUUUAAUUUGUAUGAAAGUAAAAUAUUGGGACUGGGAAUAGAGCUCAGCGGUAUAAUGUGUGCUUGAGGCCCCUGAGUUCAAUCCCUAGCACCAAAAAAAAAAAAAAAAGGUGAAAAAUUGUAAUGUGCAGAGUGACUCCCUUCAAAUAUAAACACACACAUAAGAUUUAGGUUGCUUUUCCUCCAAAUUUGUGUUAGCCAGACUGUAGAAUGUUGUACUGUGUUGUAUCCCUUGAACUGCCUAUGGUUCUUCAUUAUUACUUUUCAUUUGUGAUAGAGUCUGCAUAUGUAGUCUGUUGGCUUCUGUCUUUUCAUUGUAACUGAGGUCAUAAAAAAGGAUAGUUUAACUAAAUACCCCAUUCCUAACCCUAUUUCUAAGAGAAGGUACUUUGUAUAAGAAAAAAGUGCCAAAUUUAGUGAAUAUUAGAAACUUUAGUCUGAGUUCCCUUUAUAGCUGGAUUAUGUAAGAAUUUUAACUUCCAUAGCUUCAUUUGAGAGUUUAUAAAUUGUAUUAGAAUGGAGUUCAGGAAGGAAAAUAUAUUUAAGAAGUGUCAUUCCAAUAUAGAUAGCAUUUCUGAAAUAAUAUUUACACUUGCUUUCUUCUCUUGAAUCAUGUCCCCUGAGACAUGACAGUUACAUGCAAUGAACAGUUUUCUUCUCCCCAUACAUGAACAGCACCAAUAAACUUGUUUUCUAAAACUCUGAACUAAUACUUAAGUGGCAUAUAUCUAGUAUCAUUCUACAGUUUCAAAUAAGUGAACUAUAAAAGAAUAGUUGAACUACAUGUGUAAUAUGAAUGUGAAGAUCACAUACUUGGUCUAAUGUUCAUGCUAUUUGCAUAAUAUCUUUGUUUUAUUUAUUGUCUUCUCAUGUUCUAGAGAGUGAAUUUUCAUUCUUUUUAAACUGUGUACCUAACAUGUAUACAAUAAAAGUAUCUGUAUAAUAAU